UCCAAGCAGGCGGCGCAUGAACAAAUGUUUCAACGUUAUCGUGAGGUCAGCCGAGUCACGGCAGAAGGAGAGCGACACUCCGGCGCUGGUGUUUUGAAACUGGCUCACGCCGAAGCAGCACCACGGUCAAGCGAUAUAGUUGAGGCAAGCGGCGCAGGCGGGAUGCGAUGGCAGCAUGGAUGCAGCCAGAAGGGCAGAGAAGCGGACAGUCAGCAGGACGUAUUUUUGCUUUGUUUUGUUUUGUUUGGGGCGUGGGUGUGGGUGUGAGGAUGAGGAUGAGCUAGAUUGUGGCUAGUAUGGAGGUAAUCUUGUAGGUUUAUUGCCUAGAAGACUUGGUAUUCCGAGGUUGAGCGGCAGAAACAAAUAGGUCGAACCCGAGUGCCGGGUAAACAAGGACUGAGACAAUUUCCCCCAGGUUGGCCAUGCGUGCCCGUCGAGAAGUGCUAUUCAUGAAAAGAGGGCGUUGGUCCGUCGAGACCCGCCGG